CACAAAAACAAUGCUGAAUUAUAUGUACUGAAUUUAGCAGACUAACACAUGAAUGAAAUCAUUGCUAGAACUACUUUAGUGCUCCCUCUGUACACUAAUAUAAGAGUGUUUAGAUUACUAAAAUAAUGUUGUAAACUACUAAAAUAAUGUUGUAAACGCUCUUAUAUUAGUUUACGGUGGGAGUAGAAAACAAGGAAAAAAAUGAAAAUCCUGCUCAGGCCGGCCCACAGCCGAGCGAAGCAGCCAGGCGCCUAGACCUGGGCCGCCAUGGCCUUUGGCCGACCCAGUCUAGCCAACACCGCAUAAGAGGAGGGAGGGGGUGGAGCGGUUACGGGAUAAGGUCAAAAACCUCCCCACCACCCCGAUCCCCACUCCCACAGUCCCACCCAGCGGAACCAACGGGAGGAUUGCCCCCCGCCGCCUGACCUUGCAUCUCUGGGGAUCACCGGCGCAACACCGACGAGGUAUCCUCUCCAAGAGGAGACGACGAUGACAACGCCCCCAUGGGGUCCUUGCGGCGGAGCACGGGGAGCGCGGCCGCGGCCACGGCCACGCGAGGGUGCAGGCGGUGAGGCCAUGUCGCGGGCGGCGACCGGGCAGAUGGGUGUGGCGCUGUCGGGCGAGCCGGCGCGGUGGACGGGCGUAGCGGACGGGCACAACCACGGCCAGUUGCGGCCGCGAGACCACAAUGCGGGCACCGUGACGAGGCCCCGGCAUGGGCGCGGGCGCGACGCACAGCCGGGUGCGGGUGCGGCGCUGCUGGGCGGUGGCCACUUGAGGCCUGGCGACCGCGGAUGGGGAGCGCCCGUAGGCAUAGGGCGCGGCCCAGGGAGACGGUUGGGCGGACGCGCGUUGGGCGCGACGCAGGUGAUCGCGUCCUGCGGCGUGAAGGUCCGCAUCCAACGUCAUCGGUAGCCACAUCUCAUGUGUGGCUUCGUCCGACAAGGAGGGGCUUCUGCGGGAUGCCAGGGCCCGAGAAGUUGGGUCGUCGCCGCUUCCAUCGGCGGUCGUGCCACUGGAGGACUGGCCACGCGGAGGCGACGCCCGUGGUCGCGAUGCGGCGGAGGGAGGCCUUGAUCCAGACGCAACGAUCCCUCGAAGCCAUGGGCUUGCUCGGGCGUCUGCGACUUGUUAUCUUCUUACCUGUUCUUACCUUUUACUAAUAACGUUUUAGAAUGUAAAAUUGAACGAAAGAGCAAGGGAGAGCAAAUGGUCCAAUAGAUUGUUUAUUUCAUUGAAGAUCACAAUAUAUAUACAAGAUAACGAACGCGAA